AUGCUAUUGGGGGCUGGAGUGUUGAGUGCCUAUGAUGCUAGAGACCUCGAUUCCCAGGAUAAAUUGGGUGGUUUGUUGCAAAGUACCACAUACAUUGCUGGAUUAUCUGGUGGACUGUGGAUUGUGAUGAACAACCUUCUUAGUAACGGGGAACAAAUGCAUACGACUAUUCGGAGGCUUGAACUUGAUUUGCAGAACCCCCUCCUUGAAGGUGUUCCCAAUUUGGAGUUGAAAGAUCUCCGUGCUGGAAUUGAGCUGAACCAAAAUCGUACGCAUCAAACCGAGUCUCCUGAUAAUGCCUUUGGUGCUUUGAUCGGCAAGAUUCUACCAGGUAUUGUGAGCAAAGUGCUUUCGGUCAAUAAAAACGACAGUCCUAUUAACGUGAAAGAGGUGCUCAAGUUCUAUAAGGAUGUCUCCUUGGAAACUCGUGUGAAGAAAGAGUCUGGUUUCAGAAUUUCACUCAUAGAUUACUGGGCACGAAUACUAGCAAGAAAGGUAUUUCCUCCUAACUUCAGGUCUACUGGUUACACGAUGUCAUCCACCUCAAAACUUUUGUCCUUUCAGAAUUAUUCUCAGCCAUUCCCGAUCAUCACAGCAGUUGAGGUGGUACCCGAAGUAGAGGAGGGAAGCGCUGACUCCCACAUAAUUGAGAUAACCCCUUUUGAGUUUGGUUCGUGGGAUAGUUUCUUGAACGCCUUCACAGAUAUCAAGUUUCUAGGAAGUAAUCUUCUGAAUGGCAGGCCAAUUCAGGAGAGCCUCCCAAAUCUGAAUGAAUCUACAUGUACCUCUGGAUUUGACUCCCUCGCAUUUCUUACAGCCACAUCUUCAGGGCUUUUCAACAUUGUCUUGCAAUACGUUUACAAGCUGUUGCCUAGUUCGAUGAGUGAGCUGCUGCCAUACUUCAGCCAGCUUCUCAAGAUCUUUGGCUUCGUUAAGAGUCCAGUUAUGGAUGAAAAGGCAUAUUCAGAAUUUGCAAUUCAUUCUCCCAAUCCUUUUUAUAACCACGUCGGCGGAAAUAUCAAAGGAAGGUCAAUUAUUAAUUCAACAGCACUAUUCCUCGCUGAUGGAGGUGAAGACGGACAGAACAUCCCAUUUAGUCCGCUUAUGAUUUCCUCGAGGCAAGUUGAUGCCCUCAUAGUCUUUGACAUGGGGUCUGAAGUUUUCAACCGACCCAAUGGUUCCUCGUUGAUAGCCACCGCAAAGCGGUAUCACGCUAACUACUCGGACUUGAGGAUACCCUUAUUUCAGGACAAAAGUGGGUUGAAUCGGAGGAUAUUCCCCAUGAUACCUACAUCAGAAGAAUAUUUAGAGAGGGGCUUCCAAGAAAGACCUGUGUUUUUUGGAUGCAGCAUGGGCGACUAUCCAUCGUACAAUGGCAACCUCCUGAACCAAUUUGAAAUCCAAAGAGACUUCAUUCCUCCCCUCAUAAUUUAUCAGGCGAACUACGAUAUUCUGUUUCCAUCGAAUACCUCCACCUUCAGGACCUCAUAUCAACCUGAGGAGGUCCAAGGAAUGGUCCGCAAUGGGUACAACCUCGCAAAUCAUGAUGAGGAUCCCAAUUACAAACAUUGUCUUUGGUGUGCCAUCUCAAAAAGAAAAAAAAUCUCCAUGAUUUCAUUCACUUCGGGAGUUAUUUGUGGUCUUGUCGUCUUCACACCUGCCGGCGGAUACAUUUCCUCCCAUUCCUCAUUCUGGAAAUCUAUAGUCUUUGGCGUGGUUGGAGGUUUCGUGGGAAAUCUUGCUACACGCAUCAAAUACUUUCUACGGAUUGACGAUGCUCUUGACAUCUUUGCAGUUCAUGGUGUUUGCGGCGUUGUUGGGACUAUUCUUGUCGGCAUAUUUGCUGACGAGUCAUUUGAAUCAUCCGGCGGUUGGGUCGUCGGGAAUUGGAUACAAUUGGGAUACCAAAUACUUGGAUGUGUCGUGACCUCUCUUUAUGCCUUUGUGGUGAGCUUGGCAUUGCUCUAUAUCAUAGAUAUGAUCCCAGGUCUUCAUUUACGUAUUGACAAAUCCUUCAACAGGAGGAUGAGAAAUAAGUUACUCGACCGCCACGGAUCUGAGGAAGGCGACUUGAGUAGCCUUGAUAACGACUUUGGUCUUGAAAGAGCUGAACUUCUUGGAACAGACUGGAAUGAGCUCAACGGAGAGUACUCUAUGGAUUUCAUGGAAUUUAUUAAAGUGGUUGAUCCCCAGGAUUACGCAGACCAGAUCUCCGCUGAACCCAUUAGUCCCGAGGAAAGUGAUUUCAGUCAAUUUGACAUCAGCGAUGCCCAGCUCAGGAAGCGAGAACCGCUUAUGGAGAGACACAGAUGA